AGUACACUAUCCUAAGCCUCAGUUAAUAAGAUUCCAAUAGAAAAAAAUAAAAAAAUAAAAAAUAAAAAAAUUGUAGGCGGGCAAAAUGUUUAGGAAUGAUUUGUAAAAUCAGCAGCAAUGAAUGACAACAACUCAACAACAUUGUGUACGGAACCACGGUAGGUGAUAAUUCUGUUCAAUAUGAAAUUCGUCAGAAAUGAAUGAUGAGGUCCAAUUUUUUCUUGAACAUCAUGGCCUUACUACCAUUAUUCCAAUUGAAGCGAAGUUGCGUUCAUCUACCAUUCUACCUCCCAUUCUACACUCUGUUGACUGCCGUGCCAAACCCGAGUGGUUUUUGGUCUUCCAAGACUUGAGCCACAGCUCAAAAAUGCUAUAUCAAUCCUAUUUGCUCGAUAUGAAGAAAAACCUCAUGUUCAACACAACUAGGUCCACAAAACUGGUGCAUUGGAAUGAAAGUACUGACUGCUGUUCGUGGGAAGGGGUCACCUGCAACGGGGGACUUGUUGUUGGCCUCAACUUGGUCAACGAAUCAAUCUAUGACGGACUUGACAAUUCAAGUAGCCUUUUCUGCUUGCAGUAUCUCCAAAACCUGAAUUUGGCUUACAACGAACUCGAUUCUCCAAUUCCUCCAGAGUUUGGAAAUCUGACGAAUUUAAGGUUUUUAAACCUGUCACAUGCUGGCUUUGGGGAGCAGAUUCCCAUUGAGAUUUCACGUCUCACAAGGUUGGUUUCUCUCGAUUUGUCUACCUUUUAUCUGAAACUUGAGAACCCAGAUUUAGCUUCGUUAGUUCACAACCUUACGUGGCUUACGGAACUUUAUCUGGAUGGUGUAGAUAUAUCAUCUCAAGGGAAUGAGUGGUGUCACGCCGUAUCUUCUUCGCUCCCAAAUCUAAGGGUGUUGAGCAUGUCAGAUUGUAAUCUUCAGGGGCCUCCGGAUUCCUCCUUACUCAAGCUUCAGUCUCUCUCAAUUAUUCAUCUCAAUUAUAACAAUUUUUCUGCCCCAGUUCCAGAAUUUUUUUCCUAUUUCAGAAAUUUAACAUCCUUGUGUCUCAGUAACUGUGGAUUGAAUGGACAAUUUCCGAAAAAGAUCUUCCAGUUUCCAACAUUGGAGACGAUUGACUUAUCAUUUAAUGAACUUGGCGGUUCUUUGCCUGAAUUUCAUCCAAAUGGUUCUCUUCAGUCACUGGUGCUUACCAAUACAACCUUUUCAGGGACACUUCCUGAUUCUAUUGGCAACCUUAAAAGGUUGUCCAAAAUAGAUCUCUCAGGGUGCAACUUCUCUGGAUCUAUCCCAAAUUCCAUGGUAAAUCUUACUCAAUUGGUUCAUUUGGACUUAUCAUCAAACAGCUUCACUGGAUCUAUCCUAAAUUCCAUGGCAAAUCUUACUCAAUUGGUUCAUUUGGACUUAUCAUCAAACAGCUUCACUGGAUCUAUCCUAAAUUCCAUUGCAAAUCUUAUUCAAUUGGUUUAUCUGGACUUAUCAUCAAACAGUUUCACUGGAUCAAUCCCAAACUCCAUGGCAAAUCUUACCCGAUUGUCUGAUUUGGACUUUUCAUCAAACAAUUUCAUUGGAUCUAUCCCAAACUUCAUGGCAAAUCUUACUGAAUUGGCUUAUUUUAGAAUGUCAUCAAACAGCUUCAUCGGACCAAUUCCAUCAUUCAACAUGGCAAAGAAUCUGCACAUGAUAGAUCUUUCUGAUAAUCAUUUGACAGGUCAGUUUACUUUCACUCACUGGAAAGAGCUUCCAAGUCUGGUGUUCCUUAAUUUGUCCAAUAACAAAUUGUCUGGUCAAAUCCAUGAAUUUUCCAAUUCUUCUCUCCCGAUGGUAUGGCUUGAUUUGAGUAGCAACUAUUUGGAAGGGCCCAUACCCACUUCUAUUGGUAAACUCCAAAGUCUUGGGACCCUAUUAUUUUCUUCAAAUAACUUUAAUGGCUCCUUUCAACUGAAUGUGUUUCUUCAGCAGUUGACAAAUCUUAUUGAGCUUGAUCUUUCCGACAAUAGCUUGUUGAUUGAAUAUAAUGGAACGAAUUCUUCAUUAACCCCCUUUCCCCUUAUUAAGUCAUUGCGAUUGGCUUCUCUCAAGUUAAAAACAUUUCCUAGUUUCUUGAGAAACCAAACCAGUUUACUAAUUUUAGACCUUUCUAGAAACCAGAUACAUGGAGAGAUACCAAACUGGAUUUGGGAACUUGAUCUUACACAUUUAAAUCUCUCAUAUAACUACCUUGAAGGACCUCUACCCAGUCUUUCAUCAUUUGGUAUACUAGACCUUCGGUCCAACCAAUUCCAAGGGCAACUCCCAACUCCCCUACCAUCUUGUUCGUAUUUGGACUUGUCAUUGAAUAAUUUUAGCUCUGUUAUACCAAUUGACAUUGGUAACUCUCUUUCUAACACUGGUUUCUUGUAUCUUUCAAGCAAUAAACUCAAUGGGCAUAUCCCUGAAGCAAUAUGCAAUGCUACAUCUCUUUAUUUUUUAGAUCUGUCUAAUAAUUCCUUGAGUGGCACAAUUCCCCACUGCCUCAUUGCAAUGAGUGAAACUCUAAAGGUUCUAAAUCUAAGGAGAAACAACCUCACUGGCAAAAUAUCAGAUGUAUUUCCAAGCAAUUGUAGGUUACAAACUUUGAGUCUCAAUAGAAACCUACUAGAAGGGAUGGUACCAAAUUCUCUUGCCAAUUGCACAAAUUUGGAGUUAUUGGACAUUGGGAACAACCGGAUACAAGAUGAGUUCCCAUGUCACUUGAAAGACAUAUCCAGUUUGCGCGUCCUUAUCUUGAGAUCAAACAAAUUUUAUGGUUCUGUUGGUUGUGGAGGGCUGAAUGCAACUUGGUUGAUACUUCAAAUUGUAGACCUUGCUUCAAACGACUUUAGUGGUAAGUUAUCAAUAAAAUCCUUCGCUAACUCAAAGGCAAUGAUAGCUAAUAAUGAAGUCCAAUCAGAGCUCAAUUACCUCCAUUCUGUGGUUAGAAUAGAAACGAUUUUAAUGCAGAUAGUCUCUGGAAGGUUAUUCAUUGAAAUGAAUUAUCAAGAUGCUAUAGCAAUUUUCAUUAAGGGUCUAGAGAGGGAGUUGGUGAAGAUUUCGACUCUUGUCACUUUAAUUGACCUUUCAUGCAACAAUCUUGAUGGGCCAAUACCAGAAGAAAUAGAAGUACUUAAAUCGUUGUAUGUUCUCAACUUGUCACACAAUGCUUUCACAGGCCGAAUCCCACCAUCUCUAGGAAAAUUAAGUAAACUUGAGUCAUUGGACUUGUCAAACAACAAGCUUACCGGUGGGAUACCUAUGCAACUUGCAGAUAGUCUCACUUUCCUAUCAGUCUUAAACCUUUCAUUUAAUCAAUUGGUUGGGCCAAUUCCAUAUAUCAAGCAAUUUGCAACAUUUUCAGAAGAUUCCUAUGAAGGGAACAAAGGAUUAUGUGGGCAACCUUUGAAGGCAGAAUGUGGAUCUGCAGACAGAAGACCGCCAGCUCCAUUUGAAGAUAUUCACUCAAAAUCUGGGCCUUUGAUUGACUGGAAUUACCUGUGUGUUGAACUGGGAUUUGUUUUUGGCUUUGGGAUGGUCAUUGGGCCGCUUGUGCUUUGGAAGAGGUGGAGGAUACGGUAUUACAAACACGCUGAUGACAUUUUUUUCAGGAUCUUUCCUCAGCUGUACUUUAGGUGGGAAAAAAACCAUCAAGUCCAACGACAUAGGAUUCGAAUGCAGAGGCACUAAUGUUUAUUGGAUGCGAGCUUUGUCAGUGGUCAGUGGAAGUUUUACUCCUCUCGAGCAAUUUCGUCACCUUGAUGUUCCAUGACAUCAACAGAAAGGUUGCUUAGCUCUGUAACAUGUGAUGCAGAAUAACGUGUUGGAGUUGUUAAUUAUCCUUAAUUUAAUAAUUUUUCAUGCAACAGCUUUUUAUUUAUUACCUUUAUGGCUUUAUUAGUAUUGUUGUUAAAGUAAGGGACAUGAGAUUGUAUAGUAUGCAAUGAAUUUUCUGAAGUUGGGGUGCU